AUGACGCUUCGUGAUGAGCUGUUCCGGUACGUCUUGGGAUCUCCUGACGCACGCCUUAAUGUUGCUAUAGAAGUCGUCAAUGCCACGUUUGCUGCGCUGAUCAUGCAUUUAAAAAGCGUGUUAGAAGCUGCUGCAAACGGUGUCACAAGCACACGCUAUCUGUACGAGCUAGAACGAGGCGUAAGCGCCACAAAUUCGCGCCCUCAGCUCCAGUAUUCGCUCAUUACCUGCUGCCAAUGGGGGGAGCACCUCACCGAACGCUGGCGCUCCGUGAAUCACGCUCAAAUCGGCGACGUAGUCAGCGGAGGCGACACAGUCCUUGCUUCAACCAUGGACCCUGAAGUUUAG